CUACUAUAGAAACCUGGAGGAAGAGAGCGGGACUAGCAGCUGCCUGUUAGUAACCUAGAAGACCGUGUUCUUAAUGUUAUUGACCAGGAGCGCGAGAGUAAGCGUUAGCCGUUAAAUGUUUUAAAGCCGAAACGUUAAAACACUGAUUUCUUAAAAAAAAAAAAAAAAAGUAAACGUUUUCGUUUUCUCUAAUUAGAAAAUGGGUUUUGACAGUCUGUAAAGAGACAGCAGGGCGGAGACUUGUCUGUUCUCAGUUUCUCUCUGUGCUGGUGCCUGGUUUUGUUUCAAAUUCCCCUCCCCUCAUCGGAGCCCGGAGAUAAGUUUCUCUCCUCUAGCCGCUGCUAGUGACGGAGAGAGGAACAAUAUGGCGGCGGGAGUCGCUGCUGCUUCUGGUCCAGUCCUAGACUGAAGACGGGGAUAUUACAUGAUGAACCUAUGCACACAAUAUUUACGCCGCCAUGUUGAGUUCCAGCAGAGACAGAGUGGAGUCAUGUGAUGAAUAAACUCACACAAAAAAUGGGCAUGCAUGUAAAACUGGACAUGUCGGGGUUCUCGUCAGCACUGUUGAGCGUAACGAGCCGCUACGUUGCUCCCUGGAAAAAUGACGCUGUAAUUCUUGCAAGCACACGCGUGAUCAAGUGCAGGCAGAGGCCCUGAAGGCAGACAUGACAGAUUCAAAGUUGGGUCCAGCAGAGGUCUGGACAUCAAGGCAAGCACUGCAAGACCUUUACCAGAAAAUGUUGGUGACAGACCUGGAGUAUGCUCUGGACAAGAAAGUGGAGCAAGAUCUCUGGAACCAUGCUUUUAAAAAUCAAAUAACAACACUACAGAGUCAAGCAAAAAACAGGGCGAAUCCCAACAGGAGUGAAGUGCAGGCCAAUUUGUCACUUUUCCUUGAGGCAGCUAGUGGCUUCUACACACAGUUGUUACAGGAGCUAUGUACAGUGUUUAACGUGGAUCUGCCUUGUCGGGUGAAAUCUUCACAACUUGGAAUAAUAAGCAAUAAACAGAUUAACAUCAGCGCCAUCGUAAAGCCACAACCUAGUUCAUGCUCUUACAUCUGCCAGCAUUGCCUUGUCCACCUAGGGGACAUUGCGCGCUACCGUAACCAAACCAGCCAGGCAGAGUCUUACUACAGGCAUGCAGCUCAACUUGUACCAUCAAAUGGUCAACCUUACAAUCAGCUGGCUAUUUUGGCUUCCUCGAAAGGAGACCACCUCACAACAAUUUUCUACUACUGCAGAAGUAUUGCGGUCAAGUUUCCUUUUCCAGCUGCUUCUACCAACCUACAGAAGGCUCUGUCUAAGGCUGUUGAGAGCCGGGAUGAAAUAAAGACCAAGUGGAGUGUAUCAGACUUUGUCAAAGCCUUUAUUAAGUUCCACGGGCAUGUGUAUUUGAGCAAGAGCCUAGAAAAACUGAACACCCUGAGAGAGAAGCUGGAGGAGCAAUUUCAGACACUUAUUCUUCAGAACGCGUUCAGCUCACAGCAACUUGUUCACAUCGCUGUAAUUAACCUGUUUGAACUUCAUCAUUUGCGAGACUUCAGCAGUGAGACUGAUCAUAGCUAUAGUCAGGAUGAACAGCUCAGCUGGAUCCAGCUAUUGGCACUUUUUAUGUCUUUCCUUGGAGUCAUGUGCAGUCGAGCACUGCUCAAUAAGAAUCGGGAGGAAACGUUGGGUGAAUGUCCUCUCCCAGCUAUCAAGGUUUCCUUGGAUUGGCUGAAGCUUAGACCUGUGUUUCGUGAGAAUUCUGUAAAUGAAAGACAGCAUAUUUGGCCAUGGCUGGCUUCUCUCUUGAACAGUUUUCAGCCAAAGGAAGAUGAUGUCUCUGGGGCCUCAGAAACCCCUCUACCAGAAGAGUUUGAGCUGCAGGGGUUCUUGGCCCUCAGACCUGCACUCAGGUAUUUUUUGGAAUUCCCAUUGUCAAUUUCACUUCGUGCCAGGAACCUGGAUUUCUUUAAGGGGCACCAAGGCAUUGUAGUAGACAAGAAAGGUCAACAACUGAGGACACGUCACCAGAGACUGAUCUGUCUAGGAAAAUGGGUGGCAGAAAAUCAUCCCAGACUGCUUCUGUGCAGAAGUGAGGAGGAUAGACUUGUUUUUGUAACUGACAUCCCAGAACUAGCCAUUGCGGAGCUGCCUGAGAACAAAGAUGGUCCAGUCUUGCAGGAGUAUUCCAAUGCAGAGCAAACUUCCAACGAGGGCAGCCAAGGACUUAAAUCAGUACUUUCUAUUGGGAAGACCCAGAACUGCAGUUCAGAGAGUGGAGAGAAACCUGUUGUAACAUUCAAAGAAAAUAUUAAGCCCAGGGAGCAGUCCAGGGAUCCGACAAGAAACCACCAUCCGAAAGAUGGGAUGAAGGAAAAGGACUAUAAUAAAGGCAAUAAUAUGGCAAACAAAACUGAUUUAAAGAAAGACAAGAGAAAGAGUGAACCUAAGAAAAACAGCAAUGAGAAGACAACAGAGCUAGGAAAGCAGAACGUGGCAGUGCAGAUAAAGGCACAAUCUGAAGUGAGGAAGACUCCAGUUACUCAGACUCCGACACAGACUAGCAGCUCCUCACAGUUCAUCCCAAUUCACCACCCAGGAGCUUUUCCUCCUCUUCCCAGCAGACCAGGAUUCCCUCCACCUGGAUAUGUUAUACCUCCACCAGUUGCUUUUUCAAUGAACCCUGGUUACACAUUCUCAACUGGGGUAUCUGUACCAGGACCUUUCCUCCAGUCUGCCACCCAUCCCCAGACAGGUAAUCCGGUCCAAGCUGGGAAGCAAUCGCACAUUCCCUACAGUCAGCAGAGGCCAUCGGCGCCAGGGGCUUUGAAUCAAGGACCUCAGCAGCAGCAGGGUCCACAGCAACCACACACAGCACCACCACCACAACAGGGGCAGCCUCCAGCUCAGCUUCAGGUUCAGACUAUGUUACAGCAACAGCAUUCGCCAGCUAAACCAGUGCAGCAGCUUGGGAAAAGCCCCCCUUAUCCUGGGAUGCAGCAGUACAUGCAAACUGACCAGUCCAACCAGCUGUGGAAUCAGCACCAGGCACAGCCUCCAAUCCAAAAGAUGCCAUUACAGAUGACUGUAAAGCAGCCAUUUUACAUGCAGACUCAGGAUCCACUAAAGCUGUUUGAGCAGUCUCUUCAAACCAUACAAGUGCAGCAACAACAGCAGGUUAAUAUGGAAAAGAAAAUGAGGCAGUUCCCUGUGGAACCAUUCCCCCAGAGCACAUCGGAUGUUAAAGCACAGGAGUUUUACUGGGAUUCUCCAUACCGCUUGACUGACACCAGGCAGAUGAUUGGACAGCAAGUAAACAAUGAGCGCUUGGUCAAGAGGCAACAGGGGGUCUUCCGCCCAGACCAGGACAGUGCACCUAGGGUGCCAUCCUUUGAGGACACCAAGAGCUCCCCUCUCCUACCUCCUGAUCUGUUAAAAAGUUUAGCUGAUUUUGAGGAGGAAGAUCUGGUCUUUACUAAACCUCACGAUUUUUACCAGGCCUUGGCCGGCCCUGUAGGCACUGCUCCUGGAAGAAAUCUAUUUUUGCCAAACCAGUCAAGGGUGGAAAGACCAUCAGAGAUGAUAGCACAGCCUUCAUCACUUCUCUCCUUGUCUGGGUUUUCGAUUCAGGACAACAUCUAUCAAAAUAACAGCAUUUUCAGUGAGGCCUAUGGUAAAAACAUGGCAACCAGCACAAAGCCGGAGGUAACCUGUUCCCUGUCGCAUCAGGAGCCUUCGCUGUAUUCCCUCUUUGAAGGAACUCCAUGGUCUCCAUCCCUUCCUGCCAGCUCAGGGCUCCAACAACAGGAAGCACAGACCAGAUGUGUAGAUGACAGACCCAGAGCAAGCCAUCCUAGAGUGAUUUCCCCUGUCCAGGACCAGCACAUCCAUCUGCAUCCCCUGAGAGAUCGGUUUAGAACAGCAGAACAAACAGCCCGAGAAACAACUGAUCAUCCACACAGGCGCAUCAGCAGUGAUACAAUAUGCUGCCGAGAUCACUCAACACCAGCAAGCCAGUCUCCUCACUCCUCCAACCCCAGCAGCUUGCCAUCUUCCCCACCAACUCACAAUCACAACUCCAUCCCUUUCUCUAACUUCGGGCCCAUAGGGACCCCUGACAGUAGGGAUAGGAGGAUGGCUGAUCGCUGGAAAAUGGAAAAGUCAGCAAUUAGUGGAUUUGGACUGGACUAUUUGCCUGCUACAUCUUCCUCUGCUUCGGAGAACAGCUGGCAUCAGACUAGCACUCCCUGCAGCACCUGGGCUGCCCAGGAAUCCCCUAUGGAAGAAUCCUCCACGGUCCUCCUGGACAGUCUGAAGUCAAUCUGGUCAAGCUCGAUGAUGCAUCCCGGACCUUCAGCGCUGGAGCAGCUGCUGAUGCAGCAGAAACAGAAGCAGCAGAGGGGGCAUGUCACAAUGAACCCACCACACUGAAAGGCAAGGAUGGGCACAACUUGUGAAUCCAAGCUCCACUGAAUUAAUGGCAUGUUGGGUUAGCAGUAAAUGACCCACAUGGUCCCUCGAUGCGGGUGGCAGCCCUCUCCUCUCUCUCUGUGUCUCUGUGACAAGAGGGUGUAAGUGCUCUACCAAGUCGCUGAGUGUGCACGAAGCUGUGACUGAGCAACAAACAGAUUUUUUAAGAAGAAAUAAAAAUCUGAACACUCAUGCUUCCUGACAACCUCAAGGGAAAGGACCAUCAUCCGUCUCAUUUGGUUACCUAACACCACUCAUCCACAGAGCCGCCUCUUAUCCUCUCUACAUUGUAUGUCCAGAAGACUGUCGAGCUGUAUAGAGAAGCGAAGAAGGUGGAAAAGACGUGCAGACUGGCUGGUUAAGUUAAAGAUAGAGCUGUAAAGUCUUGAUUUCUUUUAAAAACAAACUAGCGAAUGCUUUGCUCAUUAAGAAAGUAAAAUUGAAUAUUUUAACAUCUUUAUCAUUACAGUCGGGGUACUCUAUUUCUACUGAACACAUCUGCUUGUGAUCUGAAUGUAGAUACAGUAGACCCAUUCGAUUUUCAAUGUACUGUCUACUGAACGAUGGGCACUGGGAGAUGCUUUUGUAAAUGUAUUUAAUUAAAAGGGGCAUCUCUAGUCUUGAAAGGUAUUGUGUAAAAGAAGAGCAGAUGCCUCACAGCACCAUUAGCUAAGCAUAGAUAUAGUUGGUAAUGUUAAUAGCUGCAGUAGAGAUUGCAAUUAGUCAGUACUGUAUUUUGUGAUUUUUUGUUCUGUAGCAGUCCAAAAAAAAAAAAAAAAACCUGGGUAAUGUUUGCUGCAGUUCACUGGUUAAGCAGCUGUCUAGUUGCAGGGUUUUAAAUGGGUGUUCCUCCUUUAUUUCCCCCCCCCCCCCCUCCCUUGUUAUGAUUUAUAAUAUCUGAAAUUUUACUAUUUGCUUACCAGUGAUUUGAUUCUUUGUUUAGUUCAUGUUCUUUUAAUAGUCUAUAAACAGCUUUAGGUGGCUUUCUUUGUGACUGGCUUGUAGUUUUAUAUCAUUGUGAGCAGUGUCUUUUUAAAAACAUAAAUAAAUAUAAGUAAAUGGGUCCAGCAGAGCUGCUGGUUCAGCAAUACAGGGCACAAAGCCAGGUCUGAGGGUAAAUAAUGUGAUUGACAGUAAUGCAGCCGAGUGCUUGUUCGU